AUGUCAAGUUUAUUUAAAAAGAUAAAGGAUCGCGUCGAAGCUUUUUUAAACGAGAAGAAUUUCGUCACCGACUGUCUCAAUUACAUCGAAAAGAAAACUGGUAUCAAAAAAAGAUACCUGGCGAUCGGUGCUGCAGGUGUGACUGGAGCAUUUUUAUUAUUUGGAUAUGGCGCCUCUCUUCUCUGCAAUCUGAUUGGUUUUGUUUAUCCAGCAUAUUAUUCAAUCAAAGCCAUAGAAAGUCCUGAUAAAGAGGAUGACACACAGUGGCUGACUUAUUGGGUUAUCUAUGGCUUCUUCAGUGUGGGAGAAUUCUUCUCAGACAUCUUAUUACACUGGUUUCCUUUUUACUACAUAUGUAAGUGUCUGUUUUUACUGUGGUGCAUGGCUCCGGUAUCUUGGAACGGUUCUCAGAUUCUGUACAGGCGUAUGGUGCGGCCAUUUUUCCUGAAGCAUGAAGCUGCAGUGGAUGGGAUGGUCAGCAAUAUAGGCGGAAAGGCCAUGACAGCUGCUGAGAACGCCACCAGAGAGGUUCUUCAGACUCUAGUAAGAAACCGAACUAUUGGUCCAGCCCAGUCCGAACCCAAAGGACUGCCCAGUUCAACUCCUGCAGAUCCCAGUGUUGAUUAAAGAUAGAACAAAUAGAGGAAAACACUAUUGGUCAACUGCAAGGCAACCAAGACAAGCAGCAUCCUCAAGCAGGACUUUAAAUGGGACUUAAUACAAAACAGCAUUUUUUAAAGCACAAAGCUAAUUUUGUAGGCUGAAUAGUAUUUUAUUAACAUUCAUGACUGUUCAAACUUUGAGAUGUUAAAUAAAUACACUCACCUAAAGGAUUAUUAGGAACACCGGUUCAAUUUCUCAUUAAUGCAAUUAUCUAAUCAACCAAUCACAUGGCAGUUGCUUCAAUGCAUUUAGGGGUGUGGUCCUGGUCAAGACAAUCUCCUGAACUCCAAACUGAAUGUCAGAAUGGGAAAGAAAGGUGAUUUAAGCAAAUUUGAGCAUGGCAUGGAUGUUGGUACCAGACAUGCCAGUCUGAGUAUUUCACAAUCUGCUCAGUUUUCAGGCACAACUAUUUCUAGGGUUUACAAAAAAAAUGAUGUGAAAAGGGAAAAAAAAUCCAGUAUGCAGUCCUGUGGGGGCGAAAAUGCCUUGUUGAUGCUCGAGGUUAGAGGAGAAUGGGCAGACUGAUUCAAGAUGAUAGAACCAGCAACUUUGACUGAAAUAACCACUUGUUAGAACAGAGGUAUGCAGCAAAGCAUUUGUGAAGCCACAACACGCACAACCUUGAGGCGGAUGGGCUACAACAGCAGAAGACCCCACCGGGUACCACUCAUCUCUACUACAAAUAGGAAAAAUAGGCUACAAUUUGCAUAAUUGGACAGUUGAAGACUGGAAAAAUGUUGCCUGGUCUGAUGAGUCUCGAUUUCUGUUGAGACAUUCAGAUGGUAGAGUCAGAAUUUGGCGUAAACAGAACGAGAACAUGGAUCCAUCAUGCCUUGUUACCACUGUGCAGGCUGGUGGUGGUGGUGUGAUGGUGUGGGGGGUGUUUUCUUGGCACACUUUAGGCUCUUAGUGCCAAUUGGGCAUCGUUUAAAUGCCACAGCCUACCUGAGCAUUGUUUCUGACCAUGUCCAUCCCUUUAUGACCACCAUGUACCCAUCCUCUGAUGGCUACUUCCAGCAGGAUAAUGCACCAUGUCACAAAGCUCGAAUCAUUUCAAAUUGUUUUCUUGAACAUGACAAUGAGUUCACUGUACUAAAAUGCCCCCACAGUCACCAGAUCUCAACCCAAUAGAGCAUUUUUUGGGAUGUGGUGGAACGGGAGCUUCAUGCCAUGGAUGUGCAACCCCCAAAUCCCCAUCAACUGCAAGAUGCUAUCCUAUCAAUAUGGGCCAACAUUUCUAAAGAAUGCUUUCAGCACCUUGUUGAAUCAAUGCCACGUAGAAUUAAGGCAGUUCUGAAGGCGAAAGGAGGUCAAACACAGUAUUAGUAUGGUAUUCCUAAUAAUCCUUUAGGCGAGUGUAUAAACAUCAUGCAUCAUAUAGUUUAUUUUGACAUAUAUGACAUUCAUUGUUUUUUGCAGUC